GCGUGCAGGGGCCUGCGCUGCCUCCAGUAGGCCUGGCGCCCAGAGCCAGUAUUGCCAGCUGCUGCAGUUUGCCCAUGGAGACAGAGGAAUGCCUCCGGUUCAUGCACUUGGACGUGGAGGCCCCGAAGGCGACGCCAAUUCCACGAUAUUCCGGAACCCUGGCUCGUCCCUCGGCCUGCUCCGUGCGCACGGCGCCGGAAAUGCUGCCAGCUCCCUUGCAGGCCCUUUGGGAUGGCGCUCCCCGGAGCGGCCAGGUAGUGCAAAUGCGGCCUCCCAGAGGAGUGAAUGGGAGCGAGCCGGUAGGGGUGGAGCUGAGCCGUGCUGGGCGCUACCCGAAGUGGGCCGAAUCCAGCCGAGCCAGACCUAGCGAGCGAGAAGAGGACCAGCGAGAGGGGCCGCUGUCAGCGGAACCUAGCGGAACCGAAGGAGUGGACCGAGGUGGAGCCGAACUGGGCCGAACACAUGGGCCGCGAGGGUCAGGAGGAACCGAGGGGAGCCAAGGGGAGCCGAAUGGCUGAUCGGAGCGGGUCUGGAGGAGCCGAACGUCCUGGGCGACGUGGGUCUCGGGGCUGCCGAGCGGAGAGGAGUGGAGCCAGAAGACUUUGGACACAAAUGAAGAAAAAACUAGAGAGGGGGCCCCCUCGGCUCCCAGCUGUGUUGGUCUUCAGCUUUCGUGAGCUUGUUCCUGGUGCAGAGUGGACUCUGGAAAGAAACUGCCCGACUAUGCAGAUGAAGUCGUCGAAGGACCAGAGAGCAAGACUCAGUCACUGCUUAGUGCCCAGCAGGUAGCGACCAACUGACUAGCUGUGUCUCCCAGUUCCCUUCUUGCCCAAGCACUGAACCAAGGCCGGGGAGACGACGCAGUUAUGGAGGUCUGUGGCUUUUCCACUCUGGAACUCACACAGUGACCUGGGACUCCCGGCUGCAGCCCGAGACCAAGAAGAACCCGGCGGCUGCUGGGUCUCGGGUCCAGGGUCCUGCAGACUUGGUCUGUGCCUGCUCCCAGCUCUCCUGGUUUCCUGCUUGGCAGACGGCCGCCCCUGGGACUUGGCAGCUGCCGUCACAGGUGAGCCCUACCCAUGACAGACCCCUUCUGUGGCACCACUCUCUUGCGCCGUGUGUUUGGCUCCCGGGGAACCAUGGCUGGACCGGAUUCUGAAUCCUCUGGGGACCUUGCUGGGCACACAUGUGCCAGAGAGGCGGGGCUGGGGUUUCUGUGGUUCUGGAGUCUCCCAGGUGGGUGGGGGCGAGGACCUCAGUCAGGCGUCCUCAGAGCCUCUGUGGAUCCCUGCUCUUGACCGUGAGAACCAAGAGGGCCCACGUGGCUGUGUGGACAGAGACCGGGAGCUGCCCCUUGCACAGCCAGCUGUACAUUAACAGGGCCAUGGUAGUGGGAGGCUCCUCCCACAUCCCUCUGGGAUUAGAACCACCUGCUGGCUGGAAGCCACGGAGUCCUGGGUAUCACCAUAAACAGAAGCAGGUGUUAAAUAUCAGGAAUAUUUUAUAUUGACUUGCCUGGGUCCCAGGAAAGGUUAAGCUUGGGCCUUGUUUAGUGUGGAGGAUUUCAUGGGUGUGAGUUGGGGCACAGCUAGGUUCAGGCCUGGGGCUCUGGGUGUCCUCUAGGGGUAGGGGUGCAGGACCUCUGAUUAGGCCCCCAGGUUGUUUCUGCCUUGAUACAGCCCUGUCCACAUGGAAACCCACACGUGGACUUGGGGAGGUCUCAGGAGAACAGGUGCCUGCCGGGUUCAAGGUCCAGUCCAGAACAAGGGAAGGCCCCGGAGUGAGCUCUGGGCUGAGCUGGUGGCCCGGGUGCUUGUGACUCCUCAACCCAGUGCUGGCAGGAGGGGCCAGGGCCACGGGCAGAAGAGAGAUGGAGGGAGAAGGGGCUUCCUGGGGGCCCUGUGGGUUCUGACGGAGGAGUGUGGUCCCACCCUAGCAGGCUGCAGCUCCCCCAGGGUGGGAGCAGACACAGCACCGCCCUGGCUGACUCUGCCCCCACCCCACCCCCGGGUCCUCAUCUCCAGAGGGGCAGCCCCGGCCUCUGCCAGCACCUGCUCCUGUGUGCAGGAAACUGCUCAGCGCAGGAACACCUGGGCCUGAGGCGUCCGUGACCAGGAGUGGGGAGCCCAGCACCCGGAGUCCAAGUGCCUGUGAGGGCUCGGGGAAUCUGGAAAGGAGCACGGGGGCUGUCACGUUCAUGGGGGUUCCCUGCUUUAUUUCAGCUGGGGGAGGCCCCCAGCAGUCGUGCUCACCACCUGCAGGAAACGCCAGACCCGAGCCGGCCCUGCCAGCGUCGGAUCCUGCAGUCUACAGCGAUGCUGGCCCCUGCAGAGACACGGCCCUGUCCGUCAGUGAGGAGGCGCUGGCAGCACCUCCACCGCUCCUGCGGGUUGGGGUUGGCCCUCCAGCCCUGAGGCACACCUGUGGCUGUGGUGUGGGGGCGUGGCCCAGACCCCCCAGGCCCUGGCCCAUGAGGAGGACAAGGCAGACAGACCCGGUGCUGCACAGCGCCUCCAGGAGCAGAGGAGCAGUGGAUGUGGGUGGGGCACCUCCCGCUGCUCACCACGGAGCCCCCAGGGCAGCUCUGUGCACCCCUGUCACUGCUCAAAGCUCACUCCAAAGGCAGAGCUCAGCCCAGGCAGGCAGCAAGGCUGCAUGGCCCCCAACACGGCCCCACUGCUCUUGAGCCUCAACAGCCAAUGGCCAGUGACAGCUCUGCAGGUGGCAGAACAAGUCUGAGUCAGCGACGGAACCCACAGCAGGUGCACCUGCAGGGACACCACCACCUGCCAUCAGGGUCACCAUCCUGUGACAGCCUGCGGGGACAGACGCUCAGCAGCUGACCUACCACAGGGUGACCGCAGAAGCUGGACUCGCCUGCCCUCGGCAGUGACCUCAUCCCAAGAGGCACAGCCGCCUCUGCCCGUGAGCCCCUCCAGGAGGCUGGAGCAGGGGAAGAACAGGGCCAACCGUGGUCACAGCCCUGGGCACUGACCAGGCCACCAGGGAGGGAUCUGCUGCCACCUCUGCCCCUGGUCUUUGCACCCAGCGAGUUAGAACUUCAGAGUGGGCGUGUGUAAGGGAGGACACUGCACCGUGUCUGUGGUUGGGGGAGAUUGGAGCCCUGGGGCUGUCCCUGUCAGGAGGGUGGCAGACGCUCACUGGCCAUCAGGAGCAGAGUUGGGCCUUCCAGUGGUAAAGGGACUCGGGCGAGGGACGUUGGGCUCCUGGGUCAGGGUUCUGUCCUCACAUCUGGCACCAGGUCUCCAGGCCAUGUCCAUCCCUGAUGUCAGGCCCAAGGGCAUGGGCAGCCCGAAUGCAGGGCCCAAGGCUCAGGGAGGCAGGGUACCAGGCCCCAGGUUGCCCUGGGACCUGGAUGCAUGUGGUGAGCGCCCCCUGCUGGGGCCCUGGAGAGGUGCUGUUGGGCAGUGCUGAGUGCAGGCCCAGGAGGGAGCAGGCACUGCUGAGCUGCCCUUCUUGGCCCCUGCUCUGUGCCUCUCUGUCCUCCCCUGGGGGAGGGCCUGAGCUGAAUUUGGGGCUCUCUCUCCACUUCUCUGUCCUCAGGGGGACCCAGGAGCAGCCAGGCCGGGAGCACCUGACACUCCCUGUGCCCCCUACUGUCCCUCCCACAGGGAACCCCAGUGGUCGCUCGUGGCCAUCUUCCCUUUCCUGGCCUAUGGGCUCCACCCCAGGCUGGGACUCCAGCCUCCCUGGGUGUCCCAUAUUGAUCCCAUAUUGAGCUGACCACCCCCCACACUGGGAAAUGGUGGUGGUCAUCCUGCCUCCCAGGCUGGGGCCAGAAUGAGUGAGGUUAUGGCUGCGAAGCUCCCAGCAGUGGACAAGACCAUAGGGGAGUCCUCAGGGCAGACAGAGGCUGUGCUGGGGGCUCCCCUGAGAUCCGGGACACCAGGACCUGCAGGAGCCCCCUGCAGCCUCUGUAGGAAAAGGACUCCCCACCAGGUUGCACACUGGUAGCCUGUGGGAUGGCCCAGGUCAGUCACGUUUGCUGGGGCUCCUGCUGUGCAGAGUUUGUGGUGCUAACACAGGGACCUUCUCUGUCUCCCUCUCUCUGUCCUUCUCCAUCUGCCUUCGAAUAAAUAAAUAAAUCCCCUUUAAAAAAAAAAAGUGGAGCAGCUGGGACAUGAGCAGACAUUCGUACCGACGCAGACCCCGUGAGCCGUGGCUUUACAGCUCCAUCACAGCACCGCUGACUUGAGUGACAGAACAUUUUAUGUAGCGUCGUGAUGCCAGUGACCUGCACCAUGGUUUGAGGCGAUCAUUCAGGGGAUGAAGAGAAAGCAGUGGAUAUUCUGAGUCUUCAAAAGGCAAAUGUUAUUAAAGAUGUUAAUCCAAGAAUGAAAACGUUUUGAAAUAGCCUACAGGGUUUAAUUUCUCAAAACACUAAUAUCACUCUCUUCAACCCAAGAAAGAACUGUGCAGUCUCACUCAAGUGGAAAGGUUCCUGUGCAAACCAGCAGAGGGCAGCACCGGCUGCGGUUUCCUGCUCUGACAUCAGAAGGCGCCAUUGUGACGUCAUGCCCGCUGCCAACACAAAGCCUUGGCUUGGCCUGGGUUCUGUCAUUUGCCCAGGGAGCGCUGUCCCGGUGACCUGGGGCUGGGAACAGCUGCCUUUGUUUCCUUUCCCUUGUUUGGUUUUUGUUCCUCCUGCUGCUGUUGUUUUGGUCAAAUUUGUUUUUUCUUUUUCCGUUUUGAUUAUUUUUCUUUUUUUUUCUAUUUUGUUUAUUUUGAUUUCCUCCAGCAUUCAUAGUCUUUUUCCCUUUCUUAUUGAUUGUCCUAGGAUAUUUCAUUUCCAUUUGGAUUUUUCUUCACUUUUUUUUUUUUUUUUUUGCUUUCCCCUAGUUUGUGGUUGUUCUUUACAUUUUCUCCCAUUGUUGGGUUUACAUUUUUUCACUUUCAGUUUUUUUCCUCAUUUUGAUUCCUUUUUUUAAAAUAAGACUGUGAGACCAUCUGCUUUGGUUGUUAUUACAGUUCAGGUUCUUGGAAUUUUUUCUUUAUAGUUUAUUAUUCAUUUAUUUUUGUGUUUCCUCACUUUUAACUGCUUUUAGGGUUAGCCUCAGUUGUGAGUCUGUUGAAUUCAUUUAGUUCAUGUUUUCUGUUGGUGAUGUGAGCUGACUUUGUCCAUUUUGUGUUUUGAUUUCUGUUCAUUUCAUUUCUGUUGGUUUCAUUUUUGUUUGUGCUCAAGGAGUCAGAGCCGGGAGAGCUGAUCUGUGUCAGCUGCUGGCUCGGGGUCUCCCAGACGUCAGCCCUGCUUGACCCUUCCUGGGGGAGCCCUGGAGAGGGAGAGGAAUCCGGAGGAAGAAUCGGAUCCUGCUCCUGCCAUUUUGGUCAAAUUUGUUUUUCUUUUCCAUUUUGAUGAAUUUGUACUUUUUCUAUUUUACUUUGUUUCCUGCCACCAUUCACAUUCAUUUUGUGUUUUCUCAUUUAACAUUUUAUUCCACAGAGCAGUCUCCGUGGUUGGUCUGGUGUAGUUGAUACAGUUCAUGUUUUCUGUUGGUAACGGGAGCAGAGUGAGUUUGUUCAUUUUGUGUUUUGAUUUCUGUUCAUUUGAUUUCUGUCGUUACAUUUUCAUUUGUGCACCACUCGUCUCCCUUCCUGGGAGCCCCGGGAGAGGGAGCAGAAUCCCGAGGCCAGAGUCGCAUCCUGGAUGGGGACUUCAUGGGGCGGGACUGACUGCCGGUCCCCCAAGCCCUCUGUGUCCCCAGUGGCUCCCGCGUCCCUCAGCAGAGCGGGGCAGGAGGUGUCCAUGGCGGCUCCUGGGGCCCGAGCUGAGAAGGCUGUCAGGUGGGACAGGGGCUGUCUGCAUGGGGGCAGGAGAAAGGGUUGUCACUGCGAGAUGGAGCCUGCGGGGGUCUUUCAGCUUUGGCGCCUCUGUCUGCAGGGCAGGGGCAAUGGCAGUGCGGGCCCCUCUGUCCUGUGCACAGGGGCUCUGCUGUCCUGUCUGCGGUGGCUCUACAAGGUUCAAGACCAAAGAAUCCCAGAAACUCGAUCUGCACCAGCAAGAAGACUUCCUGUGGAAGGACCUCUUGGUGGCCAUGGCUCCUGUGCCGGAGGCCCCUGGAUGGAGCUUGUCCCUCUGACCUCUGAAGUGAAAGAGGGUCCUGGGGCCACCAAAGGGUCUACACAGCAGAUGCUGCAGCAGAGCUAUGUCUCUGGUGACCCACGUCUCCACGAUCUUCCACGGGAAGACAGACUCCAAGACUUGCAGCUUCAGAAUCCUUGCCUCUGGGGUCAUCAAGCGUAUAGUGUCCUUCGUCCUCGCUGCCCCAAUGACAGGACAUCAUGGCUUCUCUGGCUGCCCCCAGGUCACCACGAUCGUCCACAGGAAGGUGGACUCCAAGAUGCCCAGCUUGAGAAUGCUAACCUUCCAGAAGAGGUGUUGAAAGGCCCUGGUCCUCGCUGCCCCAAGGACAGGUCCCCAUGGCUACUCUGGCUGCCCCAGGUCAUCAUGAUCAUCCAUUGGAAGACUGAUUCCAAGAUGCCCAGUUUCAGAAUCCUCGCCCUUCCAGAAAAGGGGUUGAAUGUCCCUCGUCCUUGCUACCCCACAGCCAGGACCCCAUGUCUUCUCUGGCUGCCCCCAGGUCAACAGGAUCAUCCGUCCACAGGAAGAUGGACUCCGAGAUGGCCAGCUACAGAAUCCUCGCCCUUUCCAAACAGGUGUUGAAUGUCCCUCAUGCUCGCUGCCCCAAGGACAGGACGCCGUGGCUUCUCUGGCUGCCCCCAGAUCACCACCGGGAAAUGGACUCCGACACCCAGCUUCAGAAUCCUCGCCCUUACAGAAGAGGUGUUGAUGUCCCUCGUCCUCGCUGCCCCAAGGACAGGUCCCCAUGGCUACUCUGGCUGCCCCCAGGUCACCAUGAUCAUCCAUUGGAAGACUGACUCCAAGAUGCCCAGUUUCAGAAUCCUUGCCCAUCCAGAAAAGGUUGAUGUCUCUCAUCCUCGCUGCCCCAAGGACAGGACCCCGUGGCUUCUCUGGCUGCCCCCAGGUCACCAUGAUUGUCCAUCCACAGGAGAUGGAAUCGGAGACGCCCAGCUUCAGAAUGCUCACCCUUCCAGAAGAGGUGUUGAUGUCCCUCGUCCUCACUGCCCAAUGGACAGGACCCCGUGGCUGCUCUGUCCCCGGGGAGCAGCUGCUGCCUGGGAAGAACUUCGUUGCCUCUGUUGGUGCCCAUGGAUUGCCCUGCUCUACUGCCUCUGGGCCUGCAAUGAACAGAUUCAUGAGUUUAACAGAAACCAGUUAGGUGAAUAAAUGGUGGAUGGAGAAUCA